AUGGCCGCCUCCCCUCUACUUAUACUCAACUCGAGGAGAAGUGUGGGUAGUCGAGCAGACGGCCGUCGAAAAGAGACUAAUUUUGGGCGGUUGAGUGAGAUGCCAGCCACAUGGUCACUGGUUCAAUGGGCCGGAAUGGUCAGAAGUUUUGCGUUUUUUUUUCUUUUCUAUUUGAGGAUUACGGUAGUCUUGGAUACUUAUUUCAGAAUCUUGGAAAACAACUUUUCAAUCCUUUUUAUGUUUUGUCUUCUGAAAUUUUCGUUUUUGGUGCGUCUUUAAGGACUAUUUUUCUAACUUUGGAAGCCUAACUUAUUGUGGAAGCAUUUCUGAAGUAUGAAGAAAGUUUUAAGAUUUUUUUUAUUACUCUAGUCUUAAACACUUUAUUUAAAACCUUGAAAAUCACCUUUUAAGUUUGUUAUUUUUAGUCUUCUGGAUUUUUUUUUCUUCGUUUUUUCCAAUUUUUUUUUUUGAAGUUUUAAUGAAGGAACAAGCUACGAAGUGGGUUUUUAGAAGAUUAGCGAAACAGUGUGUGAUAACGAAUAAAUUCUAAUGAUCAGUUCUAUCGGUGCUUCUCGUCUCGAGAAAUUCUUUAAAAUUGUCCGUGAUUAUCUUAGCAAGCAUUUUCGAAUGGACUAUUUGAACUUCUUCUGAAACAUUUUCGAUCCAUGUAACGCUAUUUUUAGCCAAUGUAUAACGGCAUAACCGACGGAAAAAGCGGCCAUUGUCGGGGGCGAAUUUCAAACAAAACCGACGACGACGUUUUGGAAGCUUCGAAACGGCCCUUGGUAGCCGACAAGAGUGCACUGAAGAGUCCUUUUCCGCAGAGCGGCCAGUGUUGGGUGUUCCUUGCCUUUUUCUCACGCCGCUUCCAAGCUCCCUCCCGAUUUCCCGUGCUCUCUCGUCGGUCUGAACGCCGUCUCCUCUGUCUAUCGGUCAUCUCUGCCCCCUCUCGCCCCUCCGCCACCAGGCGUUUCGGAUGGUGGACAAACCCGCCACCAACCGGCGACCCAUACGCUCUUCUCUCACUCAUUUUUAGGUUCUUCUCCUGCUUUUUUCCUCCUAUUCCUUGUUUUGAUGAGUUCUGAACUUGAAGAUGAUGAUCUACAGAUUGCUUCUUGUCGAAAUGAGUUUUUUUCAAGUCGAAAUUUCUUCUAAAUUUUAAAAAUUUAUCUCCAAUCAUUUUUUUUGGCAAGUGAUUUAUCAUAGCCAAAUUCGCAUAUUUUAAAUUAGAAAUACUUAUUUUCCGAUUUUAAUCCUUUUUUUUCCUUCUUGUAGUUUUGUGGUUAGUUUUGCACUUGAAGAUGACCUUCUACUGAGUACUUCUAGAAUUUUUCAAGAUUUCUGACGUUUUUCGUUCAUUUAUCACUUUUUUUUUUAGACUUUCACUCUUUUUUUGCAGUUUAGAAAGCUCUGGCUAUGAAAAUGAUCAUCUACAUGUUGCUUCUGACAAUUUUCAAACUUUUCAUUCACAUUUUUCUAUUUUCAUUGUUUAGGUUUUCAUUAUUUAUUUUCCUUAACUUUUUGGAAAUUUGAAAAAAACCCUUCUUUUAUUUGAAUAAUAACUUUCUUAUCAAAAAAAUGUUUUUUUAUUUCGAUAAAAAAAGUCAUGUGGGUGUCACAUAAACCAUUAUAUAGGACCAUAUUGAAAAAAAUACGGGCUUGAGAAUGGAAAAAAAUUUCCUUUCAAACUUUUUUUGAAUUUUUCCUUUCCGGUGACUUUUUCUUUCAACUUUUCGUCUUAAAAAAAUAAAAAAAGAGGUAUUCAAUAAUUUAUUUUUGGACGGGAAGCUAUUAUUCUACUAACUUCUUGAAGCUGAGAACUGAGCUUCAAAAAUAAUUAGUUUUUAAUGAAUUUACCAUCAAGCUUCGAAACUGAUUUAAAAAAAGGUUGUUCAAAAAAAUAUUUUGCCUUUUUCAAAUAUUUCUCUUUCGCACCAAAAAAAGUAAAAUCACUUAUCGUUCCACGAAGACUGAGAGAACCGAGCCGUAAAUUUCGUACGAAAGAAAUUUCUAAAAAAGACUAUAACGGGCCGCUCUUUUCUCAUCUUUUAUGCAUCCAUAAAAGAUAUAUUCUCCACUUUUUCUCGUUUUGAUGAUAUUCUAAGCGUUCUUCAGUGUACCACUCUAAACUUUCUUGGAUUUGUUUGGAAUGUUCUCAAAUUUCUGCCAGGCUUGGAUUUCACCCAAUUUAAAGUGUAAAUGAAAUCGGGUUCGAAAGAGUUCCAUUUGGAAAGAAGAAUGAGAAAAUUUGAUUGUUUUUCUCCGGCCACCAGUUCUUCAUCCAUUCUGAAUAUUCAAUUAUUUAUCUGUUUCAUAGCGCUUCUCUUCCCUCAAAAUUUCGUACUAGUAUUUGCCAGAAAACUUUCGAGUGGACUUUAAGAAUCAGGUAAAUGAAAAACAUUGCAAACACAAAAACCCACUGAGCAAAUAGAAAAAGUCGGCGGCCUGUACGGUUUGCGCUUGACCAAUAAAAAAAGCUUUUGCCUGGCCUCCAAAUGUUCGAAAAACACGAAAAAGGUAUUUUUCUGCAUUUUUAGGCUACAGUGUACUGGAGGGUUGCGUACACCAUGCACAGAACACGUUUUAUUUCACGCCACUUUCUUGAUUUGCACUAUUUUCCUCUAAAAACGAUUUUUAUCGUUUUUCGCCUUCAUAAUUGGACAGAAAGUUGUUAACCUUGUUAAAUCGUUUUCGUGUGUUUUUCUUUAACCUCUCGGCCCGUUUUAUUCUGGCCGAACUGUUAUCGCCCUCAAUUUUUCCUCCGUCGCCUUUUUCCAAGAAGUUUUCUCCGUUUCACUGACCUCAUAAUCAUAAGAAAACUUGAUUUUUUUUUCCAGGGGACAUAGAUAAAAGAAAAAAUUUUCACUUGUCUCAUAUUUUCUGUUUCUUCUUGAGGAAUUAGGCGCAGACUUAUUAUGCGCCUUUUGGGGUUUUUGAUUCAGGGCUGACAGCUUGAACUCGAAUUUUCUUGACAGGUGCCAAUGGGCAGAAAUUUGAGCCCCAUCAACACAUUUUCAACGCUGGGCUUGGAGCGUGGAGUAUUUAUGAUGUACUUUCGAAGUCUUACGUAUUAUAGUGAUUUAUUUUUGUCUCAAGUUUUUGGUAUACAUAUUUUUUUCGUUGUUUUUUUCCCUCAAAACUUGUGAUUUCUGAGAAGAAUAUUAAAAAAAUGGAAGAACUCUCAUUUUCUGUGUUUUUUUGUUACUUUUUUUCACAAUUUUUUUCGGUUAUUAGCCUUUAUUGAAUAUUUUCAAUUAUACGGGAAAUAUUUUCAACAGGCGAAAUCUCUGAAAAAAAUGCUCUAAAAUGGCCAAUCUUUGUGAGAAAUCUAUUGAAUUGCUUUUGUUCUUGAAGAGUAACGGAAAAAUGUUAUUUUUGAAAAUUGCCUAAUUUUCAACUGUUUCUCAUGAUUAUCUUAAAUAAUUAUUUAAAGAAAAGUUCAAAACCUCAAAUGUAUCAUAUUUCUAACAAAAAACUGUCUUCCCACCUGCUCUGACUCACGAAUGUUUAUCUCGAUUUUCACUGCCUUUGUUGGCUUUUUUUCGCUCUCUUUUCGUACAACUUGAAGCUUUCGGAGCCGAUAAUUCGUUUUGAUACUCGUCGGAAAAUGUAUUCUGAAUGGAUUCUGGGGAAGGCAAGGCGAUGAUGACGGCCGUCUGACCUCCUUUCUUUCCCGCCGGCCAUUUUCCGCCCUUUUUCUUCGUUCGCCACUGAUUUUCACAAUCGCUUUUCCGUUUUCUUAUCAUCGGUCUAUGAUUUUAGGUUUUUCGUGGGUUUUAAAGUGGGCCUUGAGAAAGCUAGUUUUUUCGCAGUUUCUGAGGCUUGAGAACGCAGCAUUUUUAACGGCACCUUGAUAUUGGAAAAUAUAAAAAAAAAGAAACUUUUUAUUUGAUUUUGACGGUUUUAAAUAGUUUUAUAUUGGUUGCAUUGAAAAAAAGGUAGAGUAUUGAAGUUUAGGAUGCUCUUUUUUUCAAUUUGGUUUUUUUCUUUAAAAAUUUGGUUCUCCACGUCUCCUUUAUGUACACAGAAAAAGUUUUUUUUUUCUUCAAUAAUCCCUUUUUUCGCAUUUCAAUCAGUUCCGGCCACCUUCUUGAACAUACGUUUUAUCAAUUCCAGCUUGUUUCUCUAAUCGUUUCCUCAAAUUUUUACGAUUUCCGCGGUUUUUUGAAACUUCAAACGGAAAAUCUUCAAAGAAAGCUCAAUUUUUUCAGGCCCAGAGAAAUAUUCGAAUGAAAGCGGGCUACGAACCUUGGCCAGUGCUAAACUUCCAUUAGAACCUCGGGUGAUUUCUAAUUUUCUUUUUUUUGACUUCGAAAAAAAAGUUGAAAUAAUAUUCUCACACAUUUUUGCCACAUGUUGGGAGGUCUAUUAAAACUGCCUUUUUUCCCAAUUUUCCGUUUUCUAAUGGAAAAAACAUGUGGAGUUUUUGAUAGCUUUUCCUAUGCAUUGAAAUUGGAAUCUUUUGAUUUUUGUUCAACUGUUGGAAGACCUUCCUUUUUUUUUUGAAUUUUGGAAGCCUGUUUUGUUGUAAAUCGGGAACAGGAAUCUGAAGUUGACCUUAAAAUAUGAAGGUUAUUGAGAUUUUAUGAGAAAAAAAAUGUUUUGACUGCGAAUAGUUGAAAGAAAAAUUGAUUUACAAAAGCUUCACAAUGAGAAAGUUGGCGAUGAAUUCUCAAAAAGCAGAUAAUUUUCAUAAUUUGUUCGUUAAUGAAAUAAUUUUCUUCUCUGAAAGAGAGCUAAAUGGAAUAAAAUCGACGCCUCCUUGCCAGUUUUCCAUGAAUAUGAACUUGUUUUGCAGUAG